AUGUCCAAGUCCCCAUACCCUCCAGGAGUACAGCUCAACCCCCCUGAGGACUGCAGGAGAAUGAGGAGGGUCAUCGCUGACGAUCCAGACUGGUGCCUGGCCAUAGUGCCUUUUUUAUCGAACCUCUGCCUGCAAAGCAUUGUGAGAAACUUUGAAGAAAAGCCCUUAUUUGAGGAACUCAUACCCAGCCAGAAGGACUUUGUGCAGGACAGACUGUCUCCUUCUCUGCCCCUGCGUGUCACAGCCAACCUGAUCAGCGACGGCAUCUAUUGGAAGCGGUGCUGCAAGCAGCGGUGGGACCUUUGUGACGUCUCUCGUUACGGCCACAGCUGGAAGCGAAUGUUCUUUGAGAGGCACCUGGAGAACAUUAUCGAGCUUUUUAUUCCUGAUGUAACAGAUCCAAAGACUGUUGUAGCGAUGGUGCCUCUGUGUAAGAACUAUGUGAAGAGGCUGCACAUCUCCCAACUCUUGCCACCUAUCAAGGAGCCCCAGAAAGAAGAUGAUGAAUACGGCUCAGAUUUGGCAAGUGACAAUGAGUAUGACGGACCUUCUGUUGACCACUUUGACUUUAGCAUCCUGCUCGACAAGCUGACCAGCCUGGAGGAGCUGCAUGUGGUGUACCAGGUCAAACAGUGUGGUAUGAACUUUGAAUGGAAGAUGUUUGAGAUGACUGACCGAGAUUGUGAGUCCUUCGCCAAGGCCCUUAAGUCCUGUAAGACUUUGAAGGUACUGAGGCUCCAUGAAAGUCAGAUUGAGGACAAAAAGUGCCGGCUGCUGGUGAAACACCUCUUGGACCACCCCUCCCUUAGGGAGCUCGACUUUUCUCACAACUUGAUAGGUGACAGGGGAGCCAGAGCUGUCGGCAAGCUGCUCACAAGGAGUAAACUGGAGAUACUAAACAUGUGUGACAACGAUAUCAGAGACCAUGGAGCCAAAGCUAUAGCUCACGCCUUGUCCAAGAACUCCACCCUUUUGUCCCUCAACCUGCGUCUUAACCAACUGAGAGACGAGGGGGGUCAGGCUAUUGGCAAGGCCUUGCUGAACAACAGCACCCUACUCGACCUGCACCUGGGAGGCAAUCAGGUGAUGGAGCCCACUGCCUUCGCCCUGUCUAAAACGCUGGUUCAGAACAACACCCUGAAGAGCAUCAACCUAUCCUGUAACAGUUUGGGUGUGGAUGGAAGUAAAGCCCUGGAGGAGGCAAUGUCUCACAACACCAGUGUGACAGAAUGUGAUAUCCGUCUGACAGAGGCUGACGAGCAGAGCGUUUCCUUCAUCAACCAGGUGGUUUGGACCAAUCAGAGUUUAGAACUCAAGAAAAAAGCUCAAGAGAGUAAAACAAAGUAG